CCCUUAAAUCUAAUCCCUGUUCGGUUCUUCCUCAGCUACCCCUAACCUUUUAAGCCUGAUCUUCUCCUCCUAUCGGAGAAAUGGACUUUCCGGCCAAUUGUACUCCUCUCUCCCGUCCACCAAGGCCCUGAGCUCAAACCCAUCUUCUUCUUCUUCUGCUCUCGCUUACUCUGUAAUACAAGUUAUUCCAUGCUUCUCCUCUUUGCCUGUCGUAAGGCAUACCUUUCUCCUUCCUCACCAAGUUUUCCUGGAGUUUUCCGACUUUAGAAUUUGUGCUGAUUCCUUGAUUUUGUUGUUCUACUUUCUGCAGCUAACGGCAAUGGUAGAUGGUUACUGUAGCUUUCUUGUUUUAGUAACAUCCUCGAGUUUUCUAGAAAAGAAAAGAAUUUUGUCAGUUCGAUUUACUGUAUUUGAAUUUGGGUUUCACCUGUAAUUGUGAAGGACACUUUUUUCACUAAAUUUCUGAAAAUGGAGUGAAACUGCACAAAUAUAUAGUGCUUGUCUCAGCCAUGCCUCCGACGAAGAUUCAACCGAUUGAUAUUGAUUCCCAAAAGCUCAGGGAAGCCGUUGUUGGGAACGAUUCGGCGAAGCCAGUGUUGAAGUCGCGGCUUAGAAGGCUGUUCAUCUUUGACCGGCAGUCUCCGACCGUGUUAAGGAAUUCCUCGCCGGAGAAACUUAGCGCCGGCGAAUAUUCGUCCAACAGUGAUGGAGGAGGAUCGGAGUUCGAGCCGAGCUCGCUUUGCUUGGCGAAGAUGGUGCAGAAUUUCAUCGAGGAGACAAACGAGAAGCAGCCACCGGCGGCUAAAUGCGGCCGGAAUCGCUGCAAUUGCUUCAACGGCAACAACAACGGCAGCUCCGACGACGAGCUCGACGUCUUUGGUGGUUUCAAUGAAUCAGUCACCUCUGCAUCAUUCUGCGAUGCCAGCGACGUGCUCAAGAGCCUGAUUCCUUGCGCAACUGUUACCGAACGGAACCUUUUAGCUGACAUUUCGAAGAUAGUUGAGAACAACAACAAAGUCGUCAGAGCAAAAGAUAAUUUGAGAAAUAUCGUCGCAGAUUCCCUUUCAUCUCUCGGAUAUGACUCAUCUGUUUGUAUAUCUAGAUGGGAUAAAACCUCAUCUUACCCAGCUGGUGAACAUGAAUUCAUCGAUGUGAUUGUAGAAGGAGAGAGAUUGUUGGUCGACAUAGAUUUCCGAUCAGAAUUCGAGAUUGCACGAUCAACAGGGAGCUACAAGGCGAUCCUUCAAUUGCUUCCGCACAUUUUAGUCGGGAAAUCGGAACGGUUUGAUCAGAUAGUGUCGAUCGUGUCGGAGGCGGCGAAGCAGAGUCUAAAGAAGAAAGGAAUGCACUUUCCGCCGUGGAGGAAGGCGGAGUACAUGCGAGCCAAGUGGCUCUCUGCUUACACAAGGACAAAGCGGACCUGCGACCUUUCGGAUUCCGAGAACUCGGCGGCCAAGAACGACGACGUUGAGUGUUCCGCGACAGGGAACGGCGAUGGUGAAUUGGAGCUGAUUUUCAGGGAGAAAGCAAUAUCGUCGAAGGAGCCGGAGGAUGAUUCCGGCGAAGUGAAGCCAGAGCCAGUGGCAACGGAGCCGACGUGGAAACCUCCGGCGAUAAAACCGAAGAGAGUGGAAAAUGGAGCGAAAGUCAGCACCGGAUUAGCCUCUCUUCUGAAGGAGAAACUGUAGGAAAUUUUUUUGCCAUUCAUUCUCUCUCAGUUUUUUUUUUAAUUAAUCCGUUAUUUUGAGAGAAUUUAAGGAGAAAUCGGAUAGAUAGAGCUAUUUCUUU